AUGCCGCUGCGCAAGGAGCCACCAACGCCGCGCUCGGCCGCGGUGGCCGCACGGCUUGACGGCGCACAGCAAGCCGGCACGUCUUCAGCCACCGCCCUGGGGCCGCUCAUCCCGGUGCGGCCCGGACAGACGUCGCUGCGGCGCCAGGCGAUCCUGACGGAGGACGAGUACACGUCGGCGCUAUCGGCGGUCAUCAAGCGCGACUUCUUCCCGGACCUCGAUCGCAUGACGGCCGAGAACGAGUAUUUGGCAGCCGUCGAGGCCGACGAUCCGCGCCGCAUCCGGACGGCGCUCGAACGGCUGCUGAGCUUCGAUGGUCAGCAACGCGGCCCUGCGUCCACAGCGCGCAAGACACGCAGCUCGGGACGAAAAACUCCCGCCACGGAUGUGAGGGCGACGAGAGGCGAGUGGGACGACACGCCGGUAGCGUCUGCUUCGACGUCCAAGGUGUUCGACCCCACGCUCACGCCGGCCAUCAGCACACCUGGCCCGGACGCGCGGCUAGAAGAGCAGGGCACGGACGAUGCCGAGCCGAGCUCGGGGAUCGUUCCCGAUGUGAGCCUGUCGCUCGCCGGCUUUCAGGCGCGCUAUACGAGCGAAGACAAUGCGAGCUUCGCGCAGCUGCUCGAGCGCGGCAACGAGGAGCGCAAGCGCAAGCAUGCGUGGCUGUACGCGCGCGAGCGUGCGUCGGUCGAGCAGCGCCGUCGCAUCGAGUCGAUCGAGCGCCAAGAGGCAGAGGCCGGGCGCAGGCUGGCCAUCGAGGCGAAUCCGGACCAUCCAAAGUUGAUCGCCGAGGGAAAGGCGACGCUUCUCCUCGAAGGCAAGGGCGGCAGCAAGGCGUCGGAGCCACAGUCAGCGCUAGAACCAGAUCCGCAGAAGAAAGACACGGACCCGAUGGACGAUCUCAUCCUCGUACCGGAACCAAGGCGAGACGACCGCCGCCCGCCGCCGGGACUGGGUCGGUGGAAGUACACCGCGCGCAAUGCGCUCCUCUUCGGGCCGGACGCCAACGCCGACUCUCUGCGCGCACCCGGCGCCGAGACCGCCACCGACGACGAAGCCACCACGAACUUUGCUGCGAUCCAGAAGCUGGAUGGGAGCGAAGGUGCGGGCGGCGCCGAGGCGGAGGGUGGGAGUGAGGCUGGGUGGUCGCCGAGCAGUUCGCGUGUGGAUGCGGCGAUUGCGCGCGGGCGUGCCGGGUCGGUCGCAUCUUCUUUCGACGCGCACGAGUCGCCCCGCGUCAACGGGUACGGAUUUGUGACGCCGUAUCUGACGCCGCAGCAUGCAGUUGAUGACGAGCAUCUACGGAUUUACAAUGCGAUCAAGGCGCGGCGCACGCCCGGCGAUGCAGACGCAGAAGCGGGCAGCGCAGGAGGGAGGGGGUUCGAGUUGCCGCGUCUGGGCAAGCGCGAGGAGCUGGCACAAAAGCUUGCGACGCCAGCAGCUAAGCGGGUUAAGCCCAGUCCUUACGGGACGCAAAAGUACACCGGACUGGCAGGGUUGAGAGCGCGCGCAUUCGCGUCGCCCGCAAAGCAGAGCGCUGCCGCUCUCAGUCCUGCAGCACGAGCACUGCUCGAUCGAAGCACACGAACGCUCACUCCCGCACCAUCCGUCACACGCACUGCCUCCGCUCACGGCUCUACCACUCCUGCCUUCCGUAUUGGAGAUCGAGGCUGGACACCUACACCACAGCAUCCCCAGCGCCGCGCGCGCUAA